ACCCCUCCAUUCUUCUAAACCCACAGAUUGCAGCUUUGCGCAGGUUUCAGGAAGAGCCAAAAUGAGGAAGCCUGCUAUCAAGAUUGGGCCAUGGGGUGGAACCGGUGGCUCUCAGCGCGACGUCCAGCAAAAGCCGAGCCGGCUGGUUAGUAUAACCAUCUAUAGUGGAGGUGCCAUCGACUCCAUUUCCUUCACCUAUGUCAGCGGGGAUUGCGAACAGCAUCUAUCAUCCGGCAAGUGGGGUGGCAGUGGCGGCUCGCCACACACGAUUAGUCUUGACCCUACGAACUAUGUGACCGAAAUCUCUGGGACAAUUGGUGACUGCAAUGGGUACAACGUCAUAAAGUCACUUACGAUUGUCACCUUGAAAGAGGGUCCAAGAACAUAUGGCCAUGUUUACGGGACUCCUUUCCGCGUCCCGGUGCUUGACGGGGGUAAGAUUGUUGGCUUCUUUGGGUGCAGUAAUGCAUAUCUAGACGCCAUUGGGGUAUACGUUACUCCAUGAAUGGUUGGUUGAUGCACUAGCUUCUCGAUCGACCACAGCUCUCCACUGGAGGAAGGAGUAGAAGCACCUGUUUGUACUUGUUGGAAUAAACUUGUUGAAUGUUUCUGUUUUUUCACGUUGUGAUUUAUUUAUCACUUUGUAAAGUGCUUUGCAUGGCAGGGUAGCAUAUGCGUGUGUCAUGUUGACGUAUUGUAGUAUAAUAAUGUAUAAGGUCAUGAUCCUCAGUUCGCGGGAUGGCGCGGCAAGUGUGUAUGGAUGGCAAAA